ACACCAAAUAGCAGAGAAAUUUCAGAACAACGCCAUGUUAUUCAUUGCUCUCCUAUUACAUCUAAUGACAGUCACUAUGACUCUCACGCCACAGUACGAUUACAAUGCCACAGACAAUCUUUUGCUGAAUUGUGGCAGAGUAUUGGAAGGCACAAAAUUAGCAGCCCCCAUUGAAGAUAUCGAUGGCCGUCAAUGGUAUACAGAUGCCCACUACCCAAAUUUCCUACCUGUCAACUUUUCAAGAAUAUCCACAACAGCCACAGCUUUUGAACAAGACUCUUCGAUCAAUAGAGUUCCUUAUAUGACUGGCACCCGUAUUAUGCUAUCUCAAUUCACCUACACUUUCCGUGUUUCCCCUGGAGCCAAAUUCCUCCGUCUCUAUUUUUACCCCGCCGAUUACUCUGGCUUCGAUAAAUCAGAAUCUUUUUUUUCAGUCACUGCUAAUCAUUUUACCCUCUUGAGUAACUUCAGCGCUUUCUAUACAGUCGCUGCAAGUACCAAUUCUAGUAAAGCUGUUCGAAAAGAAUUUGUCAUUAAUGUUAAUGAAUUUCAGAUACUCAAUAUAACCUUUUCUCCCUCGCCUAACUCUUAUGCUUUUGUUAAUGGGAUUGAGAUAGUUUCCAUGCCCACCAAUCUUUACAUCGGUGGAGAUAAUCGCAUCAAAUUGGUGGGCCAGAAUGAUCCUUAUUCCAUCUAUAACGACACUGCUCUUGAAACUUUGUACAGGCUGAACGUGGGAGGACAUUCAAUUGCUAGCACGGAGGAUACAGGGAUGUAUCGUGUAUGGGAUUCAGAUGAGGAAUUUGUUGUUGUAUAUGGCUUUCAAACUUCUGAAUUUGAUGUCAACAUCACUUACACUACUGAAACCCCGCCUUAUGCUGCGCCCAGGAUAGUUUACGUAACCUCUAGGACCAUGGCCAAUAACAGCCAGAGCCUGGAUUGGAUAUUCCCUCUAGAUUCUGGUUUCUAUUAUCUUUUCAGGCUCCAUUUUUGUCAGAAUCAGCCGGAAGUUAAUGAAACAAACCACAGGGUUUUCGACAUAUACAUCGGAAAUCAAACGGCAGAAAAACAAGUUGAUGUAGUUGGACUGAGUGGCGGCUGGGGAAUCCCAACGUACAGAGACUACGUGGUGUAUGUGAGAGACCCAGAUGUCCGACUAAGCAAGGAAAAAGUGUGGCUUGAAUUGCGACCUAACAUGAAAACUAGAGCUGUGUAUGAUAUUGCUAUGUUAAAUGGCUUGGAAAUUUUCAAAUUGAGCGAUCCAAAUGGAAAUCUGGCCGUUCCAUAUCCUGAAUUGGGCUUAGAAGGUUCGAUCAAAUCAGCACCACUCCCAAACAACAAUAAGAAGAAAAGAAUAUCAUGGCAUAUCAUUGUUGCUAUCAUCGCAGGUGUGACUAGCGGUAUUGUUGUUUUCUCAAUCCUGGGUUUCUUAAUUUCCCGACGACGACAAAAUGGGGGAAAAGAUUCUGGUACAAGUGUUCUCAAGUCAUCAUCACUACCAUCCGAUCUGUGCCGACACUUUUUAAUUGCAGAGAUAAAAAAUGCAACAGACAAUUUUGAUCAAAAAUUUGUGAUUGGAUAUGGAGGAUUUGGUAAUGUUUAUAAAGGGUACCUUGACAAUGGUACAACCACAGUUGCAGUCAAGAGAUCGAAUCCUUCAUCAAAGCAAGGGAUUCGCGAGUUCCAAACAGAGAUUGAGAUGUUAUCAUCAAAACUAAGGCAUCGACAUCUAGUGUCCUUAAUUGGUUAUUGUGAUGAUAAGAAUGAGAUGAUCUUGGUUUAUGAUUACAUGGCUAAUGGAACCCUCCGUGAUCACUUGUACAACACUGACAAUGCUCCUCUUCCAUGGAAGAAACGCCUUGACAUUUGCAUUGGUGCAGCUAAAGGAUUAUAUUACCUCCAUUCAGGUACCAAACAUAUGAUCAUUCACCGUGAUGUCAAGUCAACUAACAUCCUAUUGGACGAUAAAUGGAUUGCCAAGGUGUCUGAUUUUGGGUUGUCCAAAGUAGGUUCAGUAGGUGGGACAGAUACUACCCAUGUUAGCACUGCAGUGAAAGGAAGUUUUGGGUACGUAGAUCCUGAAUACUACAAGCGCCAACGAUUGACAGUAAAAUCAGAUGUUUAUUCUUUUGGGGUGGUUCUGUUUGAAGUGUUAUGUGGUAGGCCAGCAUUAAAUCCAAACUUGCCCAGUGGGCAAGUGAAUUUGGCUGAAUGGGCUUGUAGGAGUUGUGAAAAAAGAAAUGUUGAACAAAUAAUUGAUCCAAACUUGAAAGGACAAAUAGCCCCAGAAUGCUUAAGCAAGUUUGCAGAAUUGGCAUAUCAUUGUUUGAGGGAACAAGGGGUCGAAAGGCCAUCAAUGGGUGAUGUUGUAAGAAGUUUAGAAUUUGCAUUACAGCUCCAAGAGGGUGCAGAUAAUGAGGUGGAUGGAUACGUAUACCCUUCUUUUCCAUUGAUUAUUAAUGGUGAUGCUAAUGUAAGGACGAAUGAAGAUGAGAUAAGUGAAGUUGAAAGAAAAUUGACAAGCAAUGGCAUAUCCAUGUCGGUCAGUAGGAGUGCCAAAGUGAACAACGUUGCCAUUUUCUCUGAGAUUGUAAAUCCAUUGGGUUGA